AUGAGUCAAUACGGUACUGGUAAUAAUCAAAAAAACUUUUCGUUCUCAAAUUUCGGUGGGCUCAAAAGAAGCAACAGUCUAUCACACGAUGACUUAUUUGAUUUAUUAGAGUGGGUGGGAAUCAGAAGUCGUUGGACCAACUACGUUUACCUGCUCCUAAUCGUGUGGGAUUCCGACAAGAGAAGUGAUUUUCGCGGUGGGCAUAAAUUCGGACAAGAAUAUGAUAAAGUGACAGAACACCUGCGUGAAUUAUAUACGACUGACGGGGCAACCCAGAAUCAGUUCAAUUUGGCGAUGAACUCGUUGGAGAAAUUCGCGAAAUUUUUUCGAAAUCAUGAAGAAGAUUUGAGAAAACCGACUUUAGAGUACGCGUAUUCGCAGAUUGGUCUUACAUCUGCUGACAGUUAUAAUGAAGGAGCGCUGCUUCGUGAGCAACUGCAUCGACUAUCGAGUGAUCAACGUGCCAGGAUACGUCAUUUGCUUAUUAGAAGAAUCCAAUCAUUUGCUAUCUUUUCUGGGCAUGUACAACGCUGUGCUUUGGAACGCCAGCAAUUACCAAAUGAUAACGAGAAUAUUAGUAAUGAAACAAAUGACCAUAGUGGCAGUGUUGCGGUUACCACUACACCCACUAGAAUUAGCAGUAAUGAUCAUGAUGAAGUAACAGACUUAAAGAAUCAAAUUCUCGAGCUUCAAAAGAAAAACAAAAAAUUAACGGAAUUACUCUCACAAUCAGACGAGAAAGUCGACGUAUUACAAGAUCAGGCAGCCCGCUACAAAGAAGAAGCAUCAAAUUAUCAAGCUGCUCUCGGGAAUGCUAUCAAUGUUCGAUGGCGUGAUGAUGACCCAAAUAACGCGGUGAAUAUGGGUGACGAUAUCGAGAAGUUAGUGCAUUUACUUGGAAGCUUCACUAAAGUAAAAGGAAGUGGAGUGAGAAUUCGAGAGGAUGCUGCAAGUCAACUUCUCGCUAGUUAUAAAUGCAAGACUGAAAUUACCGAUAAACGUGAUGCACAAGAAUGGAUUGACGCAGAAGAAGAAUGGGUUAGUGGUUCCGGUUUUUUAGUGCAGGAACCAUCUGAGCUAGCAUUAAAUCAGUCUUAUGAUAGCAACUAUCACAAUAACCUCGAAGUAGAUAUUAUCUCGAUCACCAAGGAUUUAAUCAGACUAAUGACUAGAUUCUCGGAAGUUCGAACUGGAUCUGAUAAUUUUACACCGAUUGCACCAAUAAAAUUACGACAACAUGUAUACGCAGCACUUGGAUCUCGAGCAUUUAAUGACGUUACACAUCCAUUUAUCCGUCACCUCGCCGAGAAAAUCAUCUCGAUUAUGGAUUUCUAUCGUGAGCUGGUUGACGAACAAAAGAAACAAGAAUUAUCGAAAGAGGCGAGCGAUCUGAUUCUUGAAGUGAUUCAUUUAUUCUUCUUUCGACUUAAAGCUCAACCGAUUGUUCCCGAAUUUCAAUUCUUUUCCGCUGGUUGCGCGUUGGAUUCUGAAUUAAUGGAAGGUACUUGGGAAAAUGUUCAAAAAUCUGAAGUGGAAAUUUGUUACUUCCCUGUGAUUGGAGUUAAUCUGGGAUCCAAAGAUCGACGAGUGUUUACUAAGGCUAGAGUUAUCGCACGUCCAAAGUCUGCAUUUGAUGACGAGGGCGAUGACUAA